AUGAAAAAUCUAAAAUACGCCUUCAGAUGCCAGUCUCUCUUACUGAAAGCUAUAUUUUUCAUGUUUCUAAUCUCAGCCAAUGCAUCAUUGACUCUAGAGGAUGUGAAACAACCAAGAGAGCCUGGAUACCACUGUCGUAAUAAAAAAUAUACAUUCAGUCAAGUUGAAGCGACUCGUAGAGUAGCUUGUAAAGCAUUCUUAUCAACAAGGGAUGAUGCGAGAAGACCACUUGUUACACAAGAUCACAUUGAUGUGGAAAAUUUGAUAUACCAAUGGUCUCUUCCGACACGUCCAACUAAUCAUCCUACUGAUGAAGGUAAAAAUGAUAAAGGAAAAAUCGUCUUUAAUAAUAGAUGUGAACUGAUAAACGUGGUUUAUUACGAUCCUAAUAAGAUUCAAGAUUAUUUAUGCCAAAAAGUAUCUAAGGUAUCAUCGAUUACAACUUCAAGGAAGAAUAAAGUCCCAGAAAACCCUGUCGUUCAAUGCGGAUCACUGGCCCUAAAAAUUGAAGAGAUUCAGGAAUACGCACGCUCCAAAUUUUUACAUUCCCUGCCUGAAUUUUUUGAAGUGAAAAAUACAUUCGAUCGAAUUGAUGGUCCAUGGAAGAGAGCCUUAUUUAGCAAAACAAUACUUAUAAGUCGUCAACCGCACGAUGUACACUACGAAAUUGUAGUAGACAAAAAGGAUGAAGUUCGUGGCAUGGUUGUUACGCACCACAUAGGCCGAAAAUUAAUCUCAGCCAGAACUUAUGAUGCAGUAAAAUAUCACGGGUCCCGCAGAACAAGGCUGAAAAAGGAGACCAUCAGACUCGUCUGCUUCUUUGACAAGACAUUUCCGCUUCUUCGUCCAACCCCAUCAUCAGAUGUAUCAAACCCUCUCAAACGCAAGACUUUGGCAUAG